UCAAAUUGCCAACUUAAUUUUCUGUUCAUUCAUUUUAGGUAAUUUCUUGAAAAUCAAUUGGAAUUUGGAAAAAUAAAUUGUAAUUUGUUUGCCAAAAAGAAUAUGUGUCCUGAAGUUAAGGAAAGUGUACAUCAUCUGACGGGAAAGCAAUGUCGGGAGCUAUUAUACAUGAGAAUGAAAAAGCCAAAACGCAUUGUGCCGGCUUUUACCUAUCAAGCUCUGCAAAGCAAUACGAUCGUGGAACCUCCAAGAAAAAUUGACCUGUUCAAAAAGCGACCUGUGAAGGAAACAUUCUUUAGAGUCUAUUUGAGACGUGGUGACAUACCGGUGGCCCGGUCUGGCAAAGUAUUGCGCAAGAAAAAUGCCACUGAAUUUCCCUUGAAAUGGUUUUGUGCUCCACAAGAUUUGGAUUAUUGUUACUAUUUGCCAAUAUUUGUGGAUGGAUUAUCCGAUAGUGACAUUGAAAUUCGCCAGUUGGCCCAAUAUGGCGCAAUGGACAUGAUUGUGAAAGCUCCGCACAAGGUUUUACCGGUAUUACCGAAAAUGAUUUUACCCUUUAAAAGAGCCUUCAACACCAGGGACAAGAGAAUUAUUAUUGCCGCUCUUAAGGUCCUACAGAUGAUGGUCUUGGUGGCCCCUUGCGUUGGCCAGGCCUUGGUGCCCUACUAUCGUCAACUUUUGGCCGUUUGUAAUUUAUAUAAAAAUUUGAAUGUAAAUUUAGGCAACUUUAUUGAUCCGGAUCGUGAGCGACGCAUUGCGGAUGUUAUUGAGGAUACACUGAAUGCCUUGGAGAAAUGUGGUGGCCCGAAUGCCUUCAUAAACAUCAAGUACAUGAUACCAACCUAUGAGAGCUGUGUUUAUCCACUUUGUGAUUUAGGAGUAGAAAAUUCUCCAGCAGAAUCUAGCCACCAAAAGAAAUAUUGAUUUGUUAAAUAUUUAUUUGAUUUUUUCUUAAACAAAUGUAUGUUUUAUGAUAUAUAAAAUUGCAUUUUUCGUACUGCUUUUGACGUUUAA